GUCCGCACCUGUCAACCCACAGUCUCUCCUUUGUACACUAGAUGGCAGUAGAGAUCUUUGAGCAGACUUUCUUAUAGGCGUGUCUUCAAGACAGGCUGUGGUGGUCAUGGCUGUAUUAAGGGAACGGUGGUGGUCUUCUAGUUUUCCCACAGUUCAGAUGGUAGGCUGUUUAUUGAUUUAACCAGUGCAUUUUAAUUUACGACAAUGCCGGCGAUUGAAAGCUUAACGAUGACUUACGACGCGCUGAAUGAGUACGGGACGUUUUCAGAGGGAGACACUCUCUCUGGAAAAGUAACGCUGGCCUUGUCAAAGGACACCACAGUUGAAAGCCUGUUUGUCAAAGCUAAAGGAGACGCUGAUGUACGUUGGACGAAAAAGGUCGGCGAUCGCAACCGUACAUACUCUGCACACAAGAGAUAUUUCAAGCUGAAGCAGUUUUUGAUCCCAGAGAACUCCAAUGAAACUCUAGUUCCCCAAGGAACCCAUGUCUAUACAUUCAGCUUUACCAUACCACCAGGAAGCAGCCCUUCAUCCUUCAAGGGGAGUCAUGGAAAGAUUGUCUACAAGCUGGAAGCCAAGCUGUCCAGGAGCUGGAGGCUUAACCGUACAGUAGAAACAGACAUACAUUUUGUCUCCAAGGCCUUUCCAAACCUUCAUUCUCUGGUGUCACGCCAAGUUGGUUCAACAAAGAAAGACAUGGGGCUUUUCUCAAAAGGACAUGCACACAUGGAUGUCACUGUUGACAGGAAAGCCUAUGCCCAAGGUGAAACAAUUGUGAUUGUUGCGAAAAUCGACAACUCCUCAUCCAGUGAGAUGAUACCCAAAUUCAGUUUAAUCAAGGAUGUGGUGUACCGUGCCAAUGGCCAUACCAAUCUUGAGAGCAGCGUUAUCCAGAAAGUGGUAGACAACUGUAUUAAAUCCCGAACACAGAGGGAUGUUAGGUGUGCAAUCAAGAUUCCUCGUGAUCAGACGCCAACAAUCCAGAAUUGUGAUAUUAUCUCAGUGGAAUACCAUUUAAAGGCGUAUCUGGACAUCAGCUUUGCUUUCGAUCCAGAGGUCAUUUUCCCAGUGGUCAUUAUUCCUCAAGACUUAUCUCCUGUGUCUAUGGGUCCCUAUCCAGCUGGGGCUAUUGGGGGCCCGAGUGUCAGCGACUUCCCUCCCCCUGUGGUGUCUAUGGGUCCCUAUCCAGCUGGGGCUGUUUGGGGCCAGAGUGUCAGCGACUUCCCUCCCCCUGUGGUGUCUAUGGGUCCUUAUCCUGUAUCCCUAAGGUCAGGGAGUUAUGGAUACCCAGGAGCCCAAAUGUCCUCGGCACCACCACAAGUGCACCCAGAUAAUCCACCGGCGUAUCCUGGUCCACCAGGUGUGUACCCUGCUCAGCCGGCACACAUUAAUGGGGGCUACAAUAACCCAGUGCCACCGCUGGCUGCUCUGUAUGGAUCUCCAUUUUCUUCUUCAUCAUCGUCUUCUGUGCUUCACCCGCCGCUUACUGCCCUAACAUUUCAACCACCCCCACCUGCCCCAGAGCUCCACCCAUCCCCUCCUCCUCCUCCUCAACCCUUCAACACAUCUCCAACUGCUCCGACAUACACCCUGCUGCCUUCUGCACCAAUGAUGAACACCGACUUCCUGUCUCAAUCGGACGAAGCUCCUCCAGCAUAUUCACUCCUUUUCCCAUCUUCUGCUACUGACAGAUCUGUUGCAAAAUAAUAGAACGUAUGCAUUGCUUAACGACUGAAUCAGUUCAUGAAUUAUGAUGUAAAAUUCUAAUGCUUAGGAUAGUUUGGAAUGUGAAAUCCAUUUACCUAUAUUGUGUCUUUAACACUUUAUUAGUGUUGAAUUAAAAGUCUGAAUUUGAAAUAUGAAUGGCACUAGUGCCAUAUUUACUGUUUGUAUGUAAACAGUUGCAUACGAAAAUAGGACUUUUGCAUUGUGAUGGCUGUUUUCUGGUCAGUUCAGGUUGCUAGUUGGCUUUGUCUAGCUGCUAACAUAAUCACUCAAACCUUAAUCAUCAGGAUACACUGUGUAGCCCAAGUUUUGUAGCAAAAGGCUUGUUGAGGCAGUUUUCAUGUCUGUCUUGGACUAUGGUGAUGUGAUUUAUAGACCUCCAUCAUCUUCAACUCUUAAAUCUUUGGACUCAGUCUAUCACUCCGCCUUAAGAUUCAUAACCGGUCAUGUCUAUGGUAAACAUCAUUGUAUUUUUUUAUUUUUUAUUUAUAUAUUUACAUUUUUUAUAUAUUUAAAUAUGAAAAUGGUAUCUGGUAUCUCUUUAUCAAUAAGACUUGAAUUGGAAAACUGCCAUCUUACCUUACAGAACUUCUCUGUUACUCAGAGGGACAUUAUCAGACUCACUCCGCUAACUGGCUUUUACUUCAUGUUCCACGAGCUCGGUCUGAACUUGGAAACACUGCUUUUAGUUUUAGUGCACCUGACUCCUGGAACAAAUUACAACACUUUCUUAAAAUCAACUCAAUUGUGCCUCUUGGACAAUCUAGAAAUCUGGUUCCAAACUUAUUCUUGUAACUGCUUUACAUAAUUGUAUUUUCUUUUGCAUCCCUAUUAUCCUAAUGUAGUUAUUAAAUAAUUUUCCAAUUCUGUA